GUCACUGAUGACGUUUAACUGCUAUUUUGACGUAUUUAUUUUGUCAUAUCACUGCCUACCUGAAGAAUUAAAAAUUAAUAAUUUGGGAAAUCCUCAUUCGUUUUCCGUAUAUUAAUUGUUUCUUUGUUAUCAAUAUUUAAAAUGUCUAAAGAUAAUACACCGGUCAAAUCACCUAAAUCGCCAAAAGCAAUAAAAACAGUAGAAGACUUCGAAAAUCAGGACACACUGUUGAAGCAUGUCGAUAUAACUAUUGUGGAGUCGGAGAAACGAGCUAAUGGUACUCUACACGUCAGAGAUCAUUACACAGUAUAUCUCGUCGAUUUAAAAGUUACAGAUCCUGAUUACAAAUUAGUACAGUCAAAAAUAAGCACAAUCUGGAGGAGAUACACUGAAUUCGAACAAAUACAUGAUUACCUACAAGUCACAUAUCCACAUGUUGUUAUACCUCCAUUACCAGAGAAAAGGGUGCUUUACGCGUGGCGCAAAUCGGACACUACAGACCCGGAGUUUGUGGAGCGCCGUCGAGCUGGCUUAGAAAAUUUCCUAUUACGAGUCGCAUCUCACCCUCGACUAUGUUUCGAUGAUCAAUUCAUUAAUUUCCUACAAGAAGAACAUGGUUGGCGGGAAACUAUCACCGAUAGUGGAUAUUUACUACAAGCUGAAAAUAAAAUAAAAUCACUGUCCGUAUCUAUAAGGUUGAAGAAGCCCGAUCCUGAGGUUGAGUCCUUCAAAAACUACGGGAAACAAUUAGAAACUAAUUUAGGAAACUUUUUAUAUACAAGAUCCAAAAUAAUAGAAAAAAAUUACGCUCUAUGUAAACUGCACGCGAAUUACGGCAAACUGUUUAGUGAAUGGAGCGUCAUCGAGAAGGAGAUGGGAGACGGAUUGCAGAAGGCCGGACAUUAUUUCGAUUCAAUAGCGGACAGUAUAGAUUCGGUUGCGGAAGACGAAGAACAGCUGGCGGACCAAUUAAAAGAGUAUCUGUUUUAUGCGGGAGCUCUGCAGCAGCUGUGCAGCAAUCAUGAGGCUCUCCAACGAAACCUGGAACAGGCACAAGACACGCUCAAUAAUCGGUUAGCAGAACGCACCAGAGCGGCGGCGGGAAAAUCCGGUAUAAUGUCCCGACUGUUUGGUACCACGGAUCCUGAUAUAGUGCGGGACCAAACUACGCGAGCUCUCGACGCUAAGAUACAAGCAGAUAACGAAGCUAUAGAAAAGGCUAAACUGGAUUUGGAAGAAUUCACAAAGAAAGUUAUGGUAGAAAUAGACCAUUUCCAGAAGCAAAAAGAUAAGGACUUGCACGAGUCGCUAGUAAAUUUCAUAACUUUACAAGUUAAAGCUGCGAAAAGGAAUUUGCAAGCAUGGACACAAAUAAAAGAAUGUCUACAGAAUAUGCCUUAAAAAAAUUUAUCCUAAAAUUAGUACUGAUUUUUAUACUGAUAUUUACCAAAACUUAAUUCACUGCUGUAUUCUAUCUACUAUAUCUUUUGUGAUACAAAUUUCAAAGCUUAUCGUUCAAGUUCACUUUGUAAUAUACGAAAAACAUUCAAGUCGGUACUAAAGAUGAUAGGAUGUAACAGAAUACAUUCCAGACCAUAACGUCGUCUGAUUGUAAAUAACGUGUGCAUCGAAAGCGUCAUCAAAGUUUUACUGUAGUCCAAAGACCAAAGAAAACAACCGUAAUUUUAAACUUAAAACAAUUUCUAGAGCACCUUCGGAGUACAACAACAAAUUGGCAUUAUUAUUUUUACAUAGCUUCGCAGUUCCACUUAUCAUAAGCCAAACCCGCCCCGCCAAUAACACUAGUUAAAAUGAGUCGACUAUUAUCAAAGCCGGCAAUCUGACUUUUGGACAAUUAUUGGUAAAUCAGAAAAACGAAUUAUUGACUUUGUAUUCCAUUGGCAGUCACAAAACUCUUCGGAACGACAACUUAGAUAAAUAACUGGUUAACUAUUAACCUUUAUUUAAUGCAGGUUUUGAACCGUAUUCUUUGAAGGAGACGAUUAUAUUCAAACCAAUCUGUAUUGACAUAUCAAUAACAUUUUUUUGUCCAAAUGCACAGAUUGCCACCUUUGAUAAUAGACGACUCAAAUAUAACUUACUAUAGAUACAUUAUCAUGUGUUUUUCUUUGGAAGCGUAAUUUUAUUACCCUAGGAAAAAUUAUUAUGUUGUAAAGCUGCAUUGUGAACCACUGUGAGAUUUUUAAAGAAAUUUAAACUAACACGUAGGUCAAUAUACUAAACUGCUAACCAUUAUAUGCGUAAAUCACUCAAGGAUGAUAUUAUAAAAAUGCUCAAACAAUUUUAAGGGCAUGAUCUUUGCUUCGGUAAUGAACUGAUGGAGUCUGUUGUACUAUGUAAAUAUAAUAUCAUAAACUAGGUAAGUGAUAAUUAAACUCUCGAUUAGAAUUCGAAAGAAAACUUAUUGAAAUUUUUACAGAUUGCUCUUAAUACACUCAACAUCUUCUUUAAGUUAACAAUAGAAAAUCAAUUAGAAACACUUAAUAAAUCGUAUCACGUACAGGGUGCAAUAUUUCAAAUAAAGUUAUGCAAAAUUAUAGUCCCGCCCCAGCAUCAUAUUUAAAAUUUCUAAUUUAUACACAUGCUGUAUAUAAAUCAAUGCUCUGCGACGACCUCAAUGACCUAUUUCCAGGAACGAAUAUUUUACUAAACAUUGCUCUUUCUUGUUACCUACAUUUGUUUUAUUAAUAAGAUACUUUAUACUUGUUGUUCUUAUUUAUUUUUGCAAUUUAAAGCUUAAAGAAACUGUACAAGCCGUGGCUAAGUUUAAAGCCGUCGUGCCCUCCGUAAGCUCCCUAGGGCUAUUUUAAAAACUUAUUUCUUGUUAUUAUUUACAAAACAACUGAGCUUUCGUUUUAUUGCCGACUUCAUUGUCAUUGGUUAAUCAUCAGCCCACUUUUUGUCUAAUGUAUGGCUCUUUUUAACUAGUCAUUUCCUCAGAAAUUCACUUUGUUGAGUGUUUAAUAAAUGAAUGGAAUAGGGUUGUCGAAUGAAGGAUAUUAUUAAUGAUUAAAAAUUUCUUAAAUUUAUUUCUUGAUUAUUAUUAUAAAUUUAAUGAAAGUGUAUGAGAUCAAUAAGUUUAAAAAGCAUAAUUUACAUAUUUUUUUUGAUAAUAUGUUAAAAUGUGAAUAUAUUUGCUUGAGUAAAUUGAGUGAUGAUUGUAUUUCUAGUUUCUAUGGUUUACAGUAGAUAAUUUUUAAAAUGAAACUAAAAUAAAAAAAUGCAGUCCAAUUAAAGUAAAUAUCAACACGAUAUGUUACCCAAAUGUAAUUAAUAAAGAUAUUAUUAUAAAUAAAAUUAUUAUUAAUUUAAUGAAUUAAGUAAUCAUAUUUCCAAGGUCACAUCUAAACGGAAAAAAGGAACAAUCAAUUUCUUCCUUUGCUUCUUACACUUAACUUCAAGACUAAAGUUAUAUAUAUUUUGCGCAUAAUUUGUACCUUAUAAACUUAUGGUCUAGCUAGUUUUAAAUUAUUCCAAUAAAUGAGAUGUAUAAUACCUUAAUUUUAAAACGUUUGUAAUAAAAUCGCAAAUUUUAUAUAAAAAAAA